GUCCUAAUAGCUGAUUAUCUCAACUUUGUUAAGUUGGGUCUUAGCGAUUCCAAGUUUUUCUGCCUCAACAACAAUAACAACUUUUUGAUAGUGAGAAACAUUAUGUAAUUCUAUUUUAGGUUUUUUAUUUGUUUUAAUUAAGAUGAAUGCUGACCCAGUGUAUAGGCAUAAAAAAGAAAAAAAUAACAACUAUCAACAGAUCAACAAAACAUAAAGAAUCAUGCAUUGUGCAAUGCGUCCCUAUUUCACUGUUCACAUGCUGGUUGUGAAUGCACUGCUGAUGCAAUUAAGCCAUGGCACACCUGAUCUGACUACCAGAACAAAUGUGUGCUCCACGAUUCAGGGGACUCCAGGAGUCCCUGGAAACAAUGGAUUACAUGGCAGGGACGGGCGAGAUGGGCGAGAAGGUCCAAAGGGUGAAAAGGGGGACACAGGCUCUCUUGGACAGCGGGGGGUGCAGGGUCCCCCAGGAAAGAUGGGACCAGAGGGACCACAAGGCAAACCUGGGCUCUUAGGAACCAAAGGUCAGAAAGGAGAAGUUGGACGUGCAGCGGCACCCUGUGAUAUGAGUCGCGUUGAAGCUUUAGAAGCAGGGCUUAGCACCUUACAAAACAACUUCAACAAGCUUGAGAAAGUUCUCCAGUUACUACAGGUCAAGAAGGUGGGACAAACACACUAUGCGACUGAUGGUAGAGUCAUGAACUUUGAAUCUGCCUGCAAGAAAUGCCAAACAAUUGGAGGAUUGCUCGCUAUGCCCAAAACUGAAGAAGAAAACAAAGUAAUACAUGACUUUGUGAGUUUUUAUCAGAACCCAGCCUUUCUUGGAAUAUCUGAUGAAAAGAAGGAGGGCUCAUUUGAGUAUAUUACAAAAGGAAGUGUAACUUACACCAAAUGGAGCCGAGGUGAACCCAACGACCAUAAGGGAAAGGAAGAUUGUGUAGAAAUUGUGUCCAGUGGGUUCUGGAAUGAUAAAAACUGUGGAGAACAACGGCUUGUAGUGUGUCAGUUUUAAAUUUAAAUUUUAACAUUCACUUUGUAAGAUUCCAUCUGGAUCUUCCUAUUCUAUUGUAAUAAUAUCAUUUGCAAGCACCCAUGUGGCCUCAGUAGAGCUCUCAGAAUCUCCAAUUAUAUCAGCUUUAUUGUAUUGCCAUGUCUCAUACUUGCUGGAUUAUUGCUACGCAAACUACUGUACUGUAUGUUAAUCAAUAAACAUCUAUAAACUACUUGAUUUAUCCUGUGAUUGAUAGCUAUGUGUGACAAAGAGCGAAUGAAUCUGGAUCAACAAUCUCCUUCUCGACCUGUGAGAGCUCUGUACA